AUGGCCGCCAUCGGAGCGCGCCGCGCCACGUUCUCCUCCGCGGGGCGGCUUCUCCCCCUGCUCGUCCUCGCUUUGCUGCUCCAGGCGCCCUCCGCGUCCGCUCGCCACUGGUUCUGGUACGACGCCCUCUUCCCCGUCACCCGCACAGGCGAAACGAAUCCCGCCGCCGCGUUCACUGCAGAGACCGAGGGAGCGGCCGCGAGGGCUGCCGCGGCGGCGCCAGCGCCGGCGCCGGCUCCUGCGGUGUCGUGCCACGACGCCCCUGUGGGCCGUUUGAUCGCGUCCGGAGCCGCGCCCGACCCGUGUGCUGCGCUGGCGGCAGAGCUGAAGCGCACUGCCGGGAAAUUAGGGGGCAAGACUGGAGGGCAAGGAUUCGCGGCUCCUUCUUUCUUCUGCGCGUGCCUCUCCACGUUCGUGUUCAGGAAGGACUGCGAUGUGGAGGACCUUCUGUCGAUCGCGAACGCGUUCGACAAUCACUACGUGUACAAAUACAUCGCCAUGGACUCGCCUGACCAGACGAACCUGCCGAGCAGCAUCGACAUUGUUGCGGAGCUGCGAAAGAUCGUCGCGAACGGCGAGAAGGGGAAGUACGCGCGGCUGGUGGACGCGCACAUGGCGGCGUAUCGAGCGGUGUUGGCGCUCAACGACGGGCACAGCGCGUUCGUGCCGAGUUGCUUUUUUGGAGAUUUCAACUUGCCGCUGCCGCUCAUGGCUGUCGUCGAAAACGGGCAGCAAAUCAUUCGCGUUGCGCCACGCCGAUAUGUCACUCCCAUCGGGAUGGAGGUGAUUGCGAAAGUUCUGCACAACUUUGACUUCAGCCUUUACCAGGGCCGACAGUGGAAGGGUCGUCGGGGGGGGACAAACAUCGUCCAGGUGCCAGGCGACUUCGCCCGGCAAGGCGUUGCUCCCGAAAAUGACACCCUGCUGGUGUCGUUCGCAACCGAAAAUAGCGCUUUGGCGGAGGACGUCAAGGUGCCAUGGAUUGGGACAGGAAGUCUUACUGACUUUGCAAAUGCCACGGAAUACUGGGCACGUUACUGUGCCGUGGAGCCAUCAGGCGCUGUCACUGGAAGCACUAGCGCGCAGGCAAGCGCGCGCGGACAUGCAGACACCCCAGUGAUUUACAAGUUUCUCAAACGUCACCCUGAUCCAGUUUACUACGACGAUACCAGCGAUGGCAGCGACGACCUGAAUGUCGAGAUUGCUUCGCUUUCUGCUGCAGCAGACGGCUCAUCUGGUGCAGUGGCGGGGCCGACAAUAAAAAGGAUUUCACCCAAGGAUGACCUUUACCUGGUGUACCUGAUGGACAGCAGCACAGCCGUGAUCUGGCUCCACACAUUCAUUGACGACAUCAAGGCAAAAGAAAUGGAGGAGGAGGUCGCCAAGGCUUUCCAAACCGUUGCAUCGUCCAACGCCUCGCAGAUCAUCAUAGACGUGCGUGGCAACGGUGGCGGUUCCGCUGUAGCCUCAUACACAGCCAUCCGUCUCCUCAUGGGGCCAGACAAGGUCCCCGACUCCAAUUUCACGAUGCCCGUGGAUUUCGUCAUCGGCACGCAGUACACUGAAAGCGCCAUCGGCGCACUCGCUGUCGACCGAAAGAUGCUCUACUAUUACAGAGGAUACGCCGACCUCAACGGCACUGCCCUCUCAAGCGCCUUUGGCUACGCUCCUUUCCGCGAGCUCCGCUUCACAGAGGCCGGACCCGCUGGCAAUUACUCGGCGCCGUUUAAGAUGAAGUACCAGUUUGCUUGGGAUGUGACGGAGCCGGUGUUUGGCGACCGCCCCUUCCUGGUCCUGUCGGAUGGAAACUGCUUCUCCGCAUGCGCCAUCCUCACGCACGUGCUGGGGAAACGCCACAAAGUGCCCAUGGUAACUGUGGGUGGCCUCAGCAAGCUCGCUACCGUAUUGCCAGAGAACGCGUCGCUGCCUCUCAAGGUGAAAGGGUCUGUUGGCAUGGCGUUUACCAAUGGGUAUGUGGAUUCGAAGAUUCCGUGCGAGUUUGAGUUUCUGCCCAGCUGGCAUCACAUCAACUACACCGUUGAUCUCAUUGACAAGCCCUGGGCCAUUUGGAAUGAGGUGGCCAAACUCUUUGCCUCCACUGCAGCCUAG